GUACUGUACCCUGUCCACAUUGACGAGAGAAAUGACAAUGCUACUCUGCAGAGAUUGAGGCACCUCUCGUUUCCAAGUAUUGACAGUGACAGCAGUUGUUUAGCCUCGAACGAACGAACCCUUUCGAUUGACCUAUCCUGAACCUUUUACGUCGAAUCUCCCACCGAUGGCGCAUCCUCCACAGUACCAAAGCUUUGAUGAUACCAGUCACUCUAGCAAGGCUCUCGAUAUGCAUCCCGACUUUCCCAUCCCCACCCACUACAGUAUUUCGUACAACACCCGAUAUCCGGCGCAGCCAAGAACGGCGGUGCCUGGUACCAUGAACCGAUCUUUCAUUAUCUGCCUAGCUUAACGACGUAAGAGGAAGGACACAAGUUGCCAGCCUAAGCGAUGCUGGCUCUUAUCUCGUCGCCUGUGACCUGGAGCGGACGAAAGCGCGAGGAAGAGAUUUUGUGUAUGUUUUUGUGUGUCUGCGGAAUCAAGGUCGAGUCAAGGUAUGAAGAUAAAGAUACGUGAUGCCCUAGACUUCAGAGGUAGGCUUCUCACUCCUCGUGACGAUAAAUUCCUUCCAACAACACCAUGCCUGUCGCAAAGAAACUCCUGCCGUUGCUGGCAUCAUGCAUCGCUCUUGGGUCAUGCGCCCCAGCGAAGCGCACUCCAUAUGCGCCCAUUCAGACCUUGUCAAGUGGCGAUCUUCUUUUUACAAUGGGCAAUUUAUCGUAUAUCGCGAACGUACAGAAUCCGAAGACUGUUGUUUCUGGUUCAUUUACACCUGGCACUACUUCCUCAAACUUUCCUAUUACGGUGAUCAACACGAAUGCUUCGGUCGUCACAAAUGAAGUGCUUCAGAGCAUUGUCGCGAGCUAUCUGGAUGCUGACGAUGUCUUCACCGAGGACUUCUUGGAAUCUGUUUUCAUCUCGUCUACCGCCGCCGAUCCCAUCUUAGAUCCGACAUCAAUCAGCUACUUGCAGUCAUACGCAGUGAGCCAAAUCUUUGUCAGCGAAGGGUUUCAACAUGUUGAGACUGCCAAUUGCACUGUCACUACCCUGGCUCUGGCGGAUACACCCCCACCAGGACCUUACGUAGCUACAAUGUCUCUAGAGUCCCUCGCCUUCGAAAUGGUCUACCUUCUCUAUGCGGACUCAUACCGAGAUUUCCUCUUUGGGGCUUACGAGGCUAACGAUGGCAACGGGAGCUUCACUGCGCUACCAACGUUUCUGCCAGCGUUCUGGGACCCCAUGAUUCCAGUACCUUCUCGAAUCUAUAGCUGGACCGAUGACAGGCCACUCGCAGGCGAACGUGUCGCUAUCAAGGAUCUGUUUGACAUUAAGGGCUUGCAGACAUCUGGUGGCAGCCAAGCAUGGGCACAUAUAACUCCGAUUGCUGAUGGGACUGCUCCAUCGAUACAGCGAAUCAUAGAUCUCGGAGGAGUUAUCGUGGGCAAGUACAAACUUGCCCAGUUCGCUUCUGGUGCGAACCCUUGGGAUUGGCAGGACGAGCAUUACCCCUUCAAUCCCCGAGGUGAUGGCUGGUUGACGUGCUCAGCAUCUUCCUCUGGCGGAGGUUGUUCGAUUGCUGCCUAUGACUGGCUCGACUACGCAAUCGGGUCGGACACAGGUUCCUCCAUGCGAAGGCCUGCUGCAGUUGCCGGCGUCUAUGGCCAACGCCCUAGCCAGGGGCUAAUGAACCUCGAGCGAGUGAUGCCAUUAGGCGGCGCCACUGACACGACAGGGGUUUUUUCGAGAUCUCCAUACAAAUGGGUCAAAUUCUCGAAGGCAUGGUACACCCCAUCAUACUUCCAGUCUCCAGCCUUGACUGGGUUGUCCCCGCUUUCGUUGCCCGAUACCAAUGCAUUCCCGAAACGAAUUCUAUAUCCCGUGGAAUAUUUACCUUUGAACAACUCGGCUGCAGAAGUGGUUCUACAAGAGUUCAUUGCAAACAUGUCCACCUUGUUUGGGAUGACUGUAGAAAAGUUCAAUUUCACGGCCACCGUCCAGAAUGCAUCGGACCCCCAAGUCGCAAAUCUAACCUACCUGAGUUCUGGCCCUAUUGGAAUAAUCGACUCGUACACUCAAUGGGAGGAAGUGGCAAAACCACUCAUCACAACAUGGGCUAAGCUCUAUGAUGGCCGGUUCCCUCCCAUCGACCCUGCUCGACGUCCAGGGUGGCGUAGGUAUAACGAGAGUCAAACUACAGCCGAGGCCUAUCAAAAGGCAUUGCAGGAAAAGAAUCUCGCAGUUGAAUGGUACGAACAGAACCUGCAGUUCAGUACCGGGGAAUCUUGCUCGGAGUCGGUUAUGUUAUACGACAUCGGUACAGGAGGGCUUCCCUCGUUCCGCGAGGAAAGCCUUAAUGAGUCUCCUGCUGCCUCGUAUUUGGCCGUCACACCGCCAACCGCCAAGAUCACAGGAGCAAAUAUCUGCCCCAUAUAUGGAUGCGCAGACUAUACCAUACCUAUUGGACAAGUGCCGUACUUCAGCAACGUGACGUUCCACGAAGAGAUGGUACCAGUCACGAUCAACAUGGUGGUGAAACGUGGCUGUGAUUUCGUCUUGUUGAAUAUGAUUGAGAAAAUGGCCGAUGCGGGAAUUCUCAAAACAGUCAAGACGGGACGAACAGCGUUUUGAUUGAUUCAAUCGACUGUCUCCCCGGCCAUUGGGCAUACACAGCAAACGUGCUGCCACGAAGUGUUAAGCACUGCGGCUACGUGGGUCAUUGCCUGGAGAUGGGGUUGCGGAGUUUUGCCGACGACUUUUUGGUUACAAAGUCAACAAGCUACAGCUGAUUUCGCGCUGACCUGCCUAGACCUGACUGUUUCUAGUUGACCACUCGUGAUAAAACUUUGC